AUCGAGGAGAAGUUCUUCACGGCGAUGAAGAAGGACGGCUCCUACCGAACCCGGGACCAACUCAUUUCCAAAUGGAGCCACAUCAACAAAAAAGUACGAAAGUUUAUGGAGUAUACGAGGAAUGCUCCCGGUCCCGGAGGAGCGGCACGAACGACGCCGAUAUUCUCCGGCUUGCCACGGCCCGGUAUCAAGACGACGGGAACCAAGGCAAGGUGCCCAUCGAUCUUUGGAAGAUUUUGAGUCGUUCCCUGAAGUGGCAACAACUCAACAAUCCUGACGGCGGAUCAUUGCGGAAAAGAUCCACCGUCGCCGCCGAGGUUGAGGUCGACGAGACUAUCGGUUCUACCGAUCAAAUCCAUCCCUUCAACGUUGUGGAUUCCGAUGACGAGGACCCCAUUCCACGACCGAUCGGAAGAAAGAAGGCAAAAUCCAUUGCCUCUGGUUCGGGAGGGUCCGCCUCUGUUUCCGCUUCUUCCCGCGACGAAAUUGGCCGGGCAAUGGUUGAACAACUUCGGGCGUUCAAUCUCCAAGAACAAGAGAGGUUGAAGCUUAAAGAGAAGGAGUUGAAGCUAAAGGAGCAGGAGGCCGAGAUGAAAGUCAUGCAAACCGACCCCGGGACGUUGUCGGAGUUUGGACGAAUUAUCUACGAGCAAAGAAUGAGAGAGAUCAAGGAGAAAUAUAAUUUACCUUAGUUUUUUUAUUAAUAAGUAGAGCAAAAACCGACCAACAAGGCCUUACAUUCAACAAUUAAUGAACCAAAAUAAGAAGUAAGAGAGAAUGAAGUGUCUGAAAUUGCUGAAACCACACGUUGACAAUCCAUCAAGAUCUCCACGUUAUGAAUAUCAAGCGUCUUGAUCCAUGAUAGAGCUUCACGACACGCCAUAGCCUCCGCUAUAAGAGGGUCCGGAG